AUGCCACCGCCCAAAGAUGUCACAACUCUACGCUCGUUCCUUGGUGCGGUGAAUUUCUACGCGAAGUUUGUCCCGGAGAUGCACCAACUGCGGCAGCCACUUGACGCGCUGCUGAAGAAGGAUGCCAAAUUCGUUUGGAACAGCGAGUGCCAGAAAUCGUUCAGGCGCUUCAAGGAAGUACUCCAGUCGGAUUUGCUUCUGACACACUACGAUCCAUCACUAGACAUCAUAGUUGCUGCCGACGCCUCGCAGUCCGGAAUCGGUGGCUGCCUUCUAUACAGGUUCCCCGAUGGCUCACUCAAAGCUGUUGCACACGCUUCCCGCUCACGCACCCCCGUGGAGGCAAAUUACGGACAGAUCGAGAAGGAAGGUCUUGCACUGGUGUUUGCCGUAACGAAAUUCCAUCGGAUGCUGCUCGGACGCAAGUUCACCCUCCAGACGGAUCAUCAGCCACUACUGCGGAUAUUCGGACAGAAGAAGGGUAUUCCGGUUCACACGGCCAACCGCCUUCAACGUUGGGCCCUGACGCUUUUGUGCUACAACUUCGACAUCGAGUACGUGUCCACCACACAGUUUGGAUAUGCUGACGUACUGUCCCGCCUCAUCAACGGUUACGUCAAAUCAGAGGAGGACUUCAUCAUCGCAUCGAUUCAACUGGAAGACGAAAUCGAGAUUCCACUCCAGGAAGCCAUCAGUUCGCUGCCAGUUACAUUCAAAUCGGGGCGCGGCGCUACUCUUCAGUGCCCGGUUCUCCAACAAAUGAUCCAGUACAACCAGCGUGGAUGGCCCUCCAAAAUCGAAGACAUCGCUAACCCUGAAGUUCGCCCUUUCUUCGCUCAUCGAGACGCUCUAUCGGUAGUGAAGGGGUGCGUCAUGAUGUCCAACCGUUUGGUGAUUCCGGACAGUUUUCGGCAGCGGAUUCUCAAGCAACUCCACCGAGGACAUCCGGGAAUGGAGCGGAUGAAAGCUAUCGCACGUAGUCACGUUCGUGGCCACUCGCUCAAUCUCCCUGGGAGCUUCGCCGGCCCAAUCAACGGUCUGCACUUCCUCAUAGUGGUGGACGCCUUCACCAAGUGGCCGGAAAUUCGCAUCGUUCGAUCCCCGACGACAUCAGCAGUGACCGAGUUCCUCGACGAGCUGUUUGCCCGUUUUGGCGUUCCCAACGUCAUAGUCUCCGACAAUGGAACGCAGUUCACGUCGGAACAGUUCGCGUCCAAUGGCCAGGCGGAGAGAUUUGUGGACACCUUCAAGAGGUCGUUGCGCAAAAUCACCCUAGCAGCACACAUGUUUCACAUAGGCUACCGCAACUUAUGUGUGGCUGGAUUUAGUCACAAUCAAGUUACUGCUACCAAUUUUGUCCGACUUGUGCUGCUCGGGCAACGAGGGGGAAGAACUCCUUCGCAUCUGAUGCUUGGUCGAAACAUUAAGACGGCUCUCGAUCUCCUGCAUCACCAACAACCGAAGCCAGUGGUUCUCAAUCAACACCAAGACGAACAGUUCAACCGGAAGCAUGGCGCAACUCCUCGUGGCUUCCGAAAAGGCGACAUGGUCUACGCCAAGGUCUACCGCAGCAACACCAAGUGGCAGUGGGAAUCCGGCGUAAUCAUCGAGGUCAUCGGACGGGUCAAUCACAACGUGCUACUGGACGAUUGGCAUGGACGGAAGAAGCUCAUCAGAUCGCACUCCAACCAGCUCAAGCAUCGUUCCAGUGAAGCAACAACCGGCGCAGCAGAUUCCACACCACUGGGUAUCCUGGUCCAGCCACGAACCGAGGUGCAAGUAGUGAAAGCGGUUUCCAACCAAGAAAUCGAAGCAGGUUCCAGUCAACUCGAUGAUGUUCCCGAACGCGGUCGCAUCCAGACCGACCAACCAGAACCGGAGCAUGAAGAAGAUAACCAGCCACCUAUAGAUCCCGUUCCAGAACCACCAUCGGUCCGGCCACAGAGAGUGAUCCGGAUGCCGUCCAGAUUCGAGCCGUACCUGUUCUGGAAAUAA